AUGAAUGCUAUUUAUAAUCAUGCUGUGAAACAAAAAAACCAAUUAAGAGAUGAAAUUGCUAAGUUUGAAAGUAAUCUAGUGACUGCUCCGAUUUCUCUUCAAGGUUCUAUUUCUGCUACUUUGGUUUCAUUUGAAAAAAGUAUUAAUCAAUAUAAAGAACAAGUCAUCAAAUUUCAAAAGGAAAAUGGUAAAAGUACUGAAGAAAGUGUCAUCGAAACAAUUGCUAAAGGUGGAAGUCGAUUAGAAUCAUUAAUCAAUGAAAGUAAAGAAUUGACUACUAAAUAUAAGGAACUAAAACAAAAAUACAAUGAAGCUAAUGCUCGUACUGAACUAUUUGCCAAUACUUCGUCCACUGAAAACCCAUUCAAUGACGCUUCAGCAAUGAUGAAUAAGAGAAACGUCGGAGUUAGUCAGACUAGCUCUAAUGUUGAUUCUUCUAAUCAAGCAGGUUCUUUACCGAUGUAUGAUGGUUUGCUAAAAGAACAAAAUAUUUUCCAAAAAGGUAACGCUCAAUUAGAUUUGAUAUUGGAAAUGGGUCAACAGUCAUUGGAAGACAUUAUGGAGCAAAAUGAAGUGUUAAAAAAAGUCCAAGAUAGGAUGUCUAGUAGUUUAAGAACGCUUGGUGUUUCGGAAGAGACCAUUCACCAAAUCAAUAAAAGAGUGUUUAAAGAUAAGCUGAUAUUUUGGAUAGCUUUAUUUUUGUUGUUUUUAGGUAUGUACUUAAUACUAAAAUGGCUGAGAUAA